CAAGCGAAGGAAGGAGCAGCUGGGAGUCCCACACUUCGCCCUCUCUCUCCCUCUCGAAAAAAUGCUCCAAGUGUAAUAACAACUCUCCACACGCUCUUCUCUGUUGUUUUUGACGCGCAUCUGUGGUCUGCUGUCGGCAGAUUACAAUCGGCUGGCCCAUGGUGUUGAGUAGGAGAAAACUGUGAGAAGGAGGAGAAAAGACAGGCAAGAGGAAAAACUCUGGCUGCGCCGCUUUGGAGUUGGACUUCCAGCGUUUGAAAAAAAAAAAAAGAGAGAGAGAGAAAAAGUCCAAGGCAACUCCAGAGGAACCUCUGCAAACUUAAGAAGAAAGAAGAAAAACCAACGCAAACAUUUUUUUCCCUUCAAGAGAAGUCGAGAAAAAGUAGAGAAAUCAUCCAGAAACAAAUUCCACCGUCUCCAUGAGGUCCUGAGGAAUGAGCAAUUGCCAUGGAAACCCAGUCACAGGCCAGUUCAGCAGCUGAGAAGAAGAAGAGGGUGGAGACCAUUGUGGCUACGAAGGGCUCAUCGGCACGCACUGACAUCAGCGAGAAGGCAGUGGCCUCCAGUACCACCUCAAACGAAGAUGAGAGUUCGGGGACGCCAUACCACCGUGAGAGACGCAAUGCCAUUAGCUCCCAGGCCCAGACGCCCGGCGCCCUCGACAGAACCGUGAAUGAGGAACCCUCCACCUCCACAGAGGAACGCCCGUCUCUGCUCAAGAAGGAGCUGCACAGCUCCCUGCCCCAUCUGUCUGACCAUGCUCUGCCAUACAGGGGCACGCUGUUUGCCAUGGACCCCCGUAACGGCUACCUAGACUCACACUACCCCGCUCCACCGUUCUUCCCCACCUUCCAUCCUCCUGUGCCAAUUGACGACAGACACACCCAGGGACGUUACAUCUACGAGCCAUCGCCCGUAAACCCUCUUCAUGUCAGGACUCCAUCGAUAGCGACCACGCCGGCUUUCUCCGACAUCUCCCUCAUUCGGAUCUCCCCCCAGCGGAAUCCGUCCAUGGGGGCGGAGUCGCCCUUCCACCCUCCUCACCCUUACAUCAGCCCGUACAUGGACUACAUCCGCUCCCUCCACAGCAGCCCCUCCAUCUCCGUCGUACCAGCCGCGCGGGGCCUCAGCCCGGCAGAUGCGCCUCACGCCGGUCUGACCACAGCUGAUUACUACCACCAGAUGGCUCUGCUGGCGGGCCACCGCAGCCCGUACGCCACAGACCUUCUCCCGUCUGUGGCGUCCACUGGCAGCGCGAGCAGCGCCACCGCCCUGCACAUGGAGUACCUGCAGGCGAUGGAGAAUUCGCGCUUCCCAAGCCCAAGGCUUCCGGCACGGCCCAACAGGAAGCGCCCCUUGACCAUCUCUCCGCUCUCUGAGCACAGCCUCGAUUUGCAGACCAUGAUUCGUAACUCCCCGAACGCCAUAGUUACCACACUGAUGAACAGCUCACGCUCCAGCUCCUCCACCAGCGGCUCCUACGGACAUCUCUCCGCCAGAGCAAUCAGCCCAGCUUUGAGCUUCCCCUACCCUCCAACUCCGGUGGCGUUACAUGUCCACCAUCAGCUGAUGGGCCGCCAGCCUGGGAUCGUGGGCUCCGCCUUCGGCCACAGCCCGCCGUUAGUCCACCCUACGCCGACCUUUGUCAGCCAGCGUCCCGUGCCUGGCAUCCCCCCAACUGGUCUCGGCGCUGGCGAUCGCUCAGCCAUCUCCAACGACUCGUCACAGGCCAAACCGACUAGCGAAUCAGCUGUGAGCAGCACCGGCGACCCGAUGCAUCACAAGCGGUCCAAAAUGAAACCGGAGGAUGAGUUGCCCAGUCCCGGAGCGGUGAGUGUGCAGGACCAUCCUGAUGGGAUGACUCUGGUGAAGGAGGAAGGCGACAAAGACGAAAGCAAACAGGAGCCGGAGGUGGUUUAUGAGACAAACUGCCACUGGGAGAACUGCUGCCGUGAGUUUGACACCCAGGAACAGCUGGUACAACACAUCAACAAUGACCACAUCCACGGAGAAAAGAAGGAAUUUGUGUGCCGAUGGGAGGAAUGCUCUCGAGAGCAGAAGCCCUUCAAGGCACAGUACAUGCUGGUGGUCCACAUGCGCAGACAUACUGGGGAAAAACCACACAAGUGCACAUUUGAAGGCUGCACUAAGGCCUACUCACGCCUGGAAAACCUGAAAACUCACUUACGUUCCCAUACUGGUGAGAAACCUUAUGUGUGCGAACACGAAGGCUGUAACAAGGCUUUUUCCAACGCGUCGGAUCGGGCCAAGCAUCAGAACCGAACACACUCCAAUGAGAAACCGUACGUGUGCAAAAUCCCGGGCUGCACUAAGCGCUACACAGACCCCAGCUCCUUACGGAAGCACGUAAAGACGGUACACGGGCCAGAGGCGCAUGUCACCAAGAAACAGCGUGGCGAUUAUCCACGCCCUCCACCUCAGCCUCGGGAACCUGGAGGCAACAGCCAGGGCAGGUCACCUGGACAGCUGCCCCUGGGUGGAUACACGGACCAAAGGGAGUACAACCACGCUACCUCAAAACAAGAUGAAUGUCUGCAGGUGAAAUCUAUCAAGACAGAGAAGCCAAUGACGUCUCAGCCAAGCCCUGGCGGUCAGUCUACAUGCAGCAGUGACCAGUCCCCCAUCAGCGCCUAUCCCAGCAGUGGAGUCCAGCUUGCUGUGAGCGCCGGACGCUCGCCAGGGGAGGGGCUGGAGGAGGACGAGCAGGAAGAGGAAAAUGAAGAGGAGGUGGAGGAAGAGUGCGAGGGCGAGCCAGCCCCCAUUAUGGACUCCACGGUGUCCACGGCCACCGCGGCCAUGCUGACCCUGCAGGCGAGGCGAAGCAUCGGCCGGCCCCUGCGCUGGAUGGAGCACAUGAAGAUGGAGAGGCUAAAGCAGGUGAACGGAGCGCUGCCCAGGCUUGGGUCCCUGUCUCCCACACCACCCCCUAAAAGUUCGGCAAUGCCCAACAUCCUGGGGAAGGGAUCGUGCUUGGGCAGGCAGUGGGGGGUGCCUGCUCCUCAGCCACCUGCUCACACUGAGUUGGCCAGCACGGAGCUAACAGUGCUCAAUUUGCUCCAAGACCGGCGCGAUAGCAGCGGGAGCGCCUCCAGUUCAGCCUACCUGAGCAGCAGCCGACGCUCUUCGGGAAUCUCUCCCUGCUUCUCCAGUCGGCGCUCCAGCCAGGCUUCCCAGGGUGAUGGCAUGAUGCCGUCCCAGCACCACCGCCGCCUCCACAAUCUCAGCUCCACUGACUCUUAUGACCCCAUCUCCACAGACGCCUCCCGUCGAUCCAGUGAGGCUAGCCAGUAUGGAGGUGGAGUAGUAGGAGGAGGCGUUGGAGCACUCUCAGGUGGGAGUUGUGGAGGCGGAGGAGUUGGCUUCGGAGGAGGAGGCGGGUCACGAGGGAUGCUCAAUUUAACCCCUGCACAGCAUUACCACCUUAAGGCAAAGUACGCAGCAGCUACAGGCGGCCCACCCCCAACGCCUCUACCCAACAUGGAACGCAUGAGUCUGAAGACCCGCAUGGCCAUGAUGGAGGAGGGUGGCAGCAAUCACAGUCUACCGCCUUUAGUCCGACCACCCCAUUGUGGUGAAGACGCUGGAAGGUACAACAAUGGGUUUAUGGGGCACGGAGGUUAUAGAAGGAGGGUUCUUUAUCCUGGCGAGGGAACUCUGAAUGGGAACCGAAGGGCGAGUGACCCAGUGCGGACACAGGCUCCUGAAACUUGUAGUCUGCCUCCAGUUCAACGAUUCAACAGCCUUAAUAAUCUCAAUCCUCUUCCUCCUCUGGCUCAUAACUCUACAGCUGAAUAUCGAAGUUUUAGCCUUCAGAACUACACACGCUCAGAGGGCAACCUGCAGAGAGGCCUACAGCAUUCAACAAACACUGGCAGCAUUGCAGAAAAUGCAGCCUUGGAAGCCCUGGCAAUGGAGGAUGAUGGUGUAGCCGGCUUAUUUCUUGGAGAUGAAGAUAUUUUGCCAGAUGAUUUGGUGCAGUAUCUGCACUCCCAAGAUCAGAUGGGUGGUGGUUCAUACAUUCAAAAUGAAGGGCAAAUACAUUCUAGCCAAAGGGACAACUCCUACCCCACUGUGGAAGCAGGGGUAAACUGUACCUUCCCUGAAUCUCACUAUCUCCAGCCGCAGCAGAUACUAGAGAGGAAGAGUCCUAGUAAGCUUCCCAUUCAGUGGAAUGAAGUAAGCUCAGGUAGUGUUGAGAGGUCUCCUCAAAGGUUGCAAAGCCACCAUAUGCAGUGCGAGAGGUGGCCUGAGCCAACAACUGCAUCAACUGGUAGGUUACGAAACACGCUAAUUCCCCAGCAGGUGUCUGUGGACUUCCACGGCAGCUGCCCACAGGCCAACCAGUCGCAAAGUACUAGUUAUGUUAACACUGGGGUGAAGCUGGAGACACUGCCCAACUCCUGCAUGGAGAUGAGAGGUACCAGCAUGUCAAACAUCUCACAGGGUACCAAUGGGGCUCUUCCUCAAGGUCUUAAACAGCAGAUGUCUAGUGGGCCUUCGAAACAGAGUCAUUUCCAACAGAACAACAGCAGAACCAUGUGGCAGAUUGGAAACAACCUCAUGCUUACCCGGGCCUCCAUGGACAGUGUACCCAACUUGUCCCAGGGAACCGUUCCAGAUCACAAUCGACCAGUACAUGCUCCAUAUCCACCAAUAAACAAUUACAAAAAUGUAGUCAAAACCCAGCAGUACUUCAAUCCACAGUCGAAUGAAAUUGACCAACACCCCAGCCAACCCCAACAGCUACAGAGGAGUGGAGACCAAUGUUCUCUUGUGUGCGAUGUAUCAGGGCUAAAACUAGAGAACCUAGAUCAUGGAAACAUGGUACAAACCGUUUCAGAUUGUCUCACUUACGGAUCAGCCGACUGCAAGUCCUCUUCCUUCCCUGUGUUGAAAGAGCAGAGUUUGUUAGAGUCCAUGGCAGCAUCUGAGGGACCAGGCAGCUGCAACAGAACCACAAAUGCCCUUCCCUCCCCUGGUACAGACCUAGUCAGCAGCACAGUUGAUGGCCAAGUUUCAGGAAUAUUAGACGAAGGGGUAAAUCUGGACUUUGGUGCCAUCCUGGAGGAUGGCUACGAUCAGGGUAGCCUGGUCUCUGAGGUACUGAGCCCCUCUAUGUUCCAGGGCCUGUCGAGGACCUCAUCACGCCUCACCACACCUCAAGGAUCCACCACCUUCAACAGCGUUGCUCCCGGUCUCAGCAACAUGGCCAUUGGAGACAUGAGUUCCCUCCUCACCACCCUCGCCGAGGAGAGCAAGUUCUUAGCUAUAAUGCAAUAGCUGCUCCUUCUCUCCACUUUCUCCUCCAAAAGGGAUAUAGAAUGGAAACAGAAAGAGGAAAACAAUUGGUGUAUGUGAAGAUUAAGACACACAAAGUGGCAAUUAAAAGAACUUUAUAAGAAGUUACCGUUCCCAAACCAUUUUACAUUAGGAAAAUAUCAUCCCAAACAGAACAGGGAUGUGCCAUGAAUAUGUACAGAUAAAAUUAUAUUCCUUUUCUGGAAUCAAGGCUAUUUUUGGAAGCCCUUUUCUUUGUAUUUGCUGGAGAGACAAAGCUCAUCUUCCUUGAGUCAGUAUUGUGUCACUGUUUUAGCUGUUUGUAAAAAUGCAUGUAACUCCAGUUAAACCUUGAACACUGUCUAUAGGACUAGAAAGACUAGCCCCAUGUGCCAGCCUUCCUAACGUCACAGGUACACACAGUGGCUGAGACAUGGGUCGUCAGUUUAAAAGGCCCUGGGGACAACUUUAUACAUCAUAGUUUUAAUUUGUGCUAUAUUCUCAUUUGUUUGUGUUGCUUUUGUAAAUCUGUAAAAUGUUUCAGUGCUUUGACCAAGUUUUACCAAGUGGUAUUUUUGUCAACCCUCCUCCCCCCCAAACAAACAAAAAAAUGGACUACAACUCCAAGUCUUCAGCCUCUGUAGAUCGUUGUCUACUUGAUAUCUUAAUGGCUUUAUUUUAGUUAGUCUGGUAAGGUACUCACAAGUGUUUGUAGAGGUGUUUUCUGUAUUCUGUUUGUGGUUCGAUUUUUGAUGUUGGAUUUUACAACUCUUCAGAACUGAUCUGUAAACGGACGCUCUGUUCUAUAAAUCUUGGUGCUUUGCGUGUGGUUACAUGGAUCGAUAUGAGUACUUCUAUGGUUUUGAAAUGUCUUAGCUCAUGAAAAGGUCUUCAGCAUAGAGGUCCUGUAAACAUGACGUGUUUUUGUUUGAUUGUAAAUUGUAUGUAUUGUUUUCUCCAAAGCUCUUAAAAUGUAGAAUGUGUACUAGGGGUGUGAUGGCUCAUGUAUACGUCCUUGAUCCACCAUGGUACAGACGUUACUUGAUGGUACAUGCAGUCAGAUGACAUAUAGGUCAGUCGCAGGUGAUCACCACUCCUAGUCAAAGAAGCUUUUUACUGUUUUUUUGUUAAAUACUAUGAGAAAAGAUGACUAGAUUAGGAGACUUUUUAAAGAACUCCAAACCAAUCCAAUGCAAGAAUGGCUGGCAAUAAUUACAAGCAUGACUCUGAAGAUUAGCAGGGUGUAGAGUAAGGGUUUCCAGUGAUAUGCCAACAAUGAAGAACGAACAUUGGCAGGUUGUCAAGUCCAAUGUUCAUAUCGUAGAGGGCUUAUGGUAAGCAGUAUUAUAUGUCUUUUAUACAUUUGACAUCAGGUGUUAUUCUACCAUCAACCACCAGACACUAAAACGAAUUUCUGCUGCAGGAACCUUUUUCAUUAACCACUUAACCCACAGCAGGAAUCAGGGCUAAACCAGAUUCCCAGAACAGGGUUGCAUGGAUCCUGAGCUAAAGGAGGAGCUUAAUGAUGGGAAGGUGGUACUGGUUGUACUGGUUGAAUUACCCCAGGAUUCUUCCUGUUUAAACAUCACAAAAGUAGUUGGUAUUGUUGUUUAAAAACAUUUAAACCCAGCUACCCAUGCUAAAUAUUGCUGUGUUUCACAGCUUUUAGCUUUAAAUACAUGAAUAAAAUCAGUUGAAAUACUAUUUAAAUUAAUUAAACGAAGGGCAGACUUGUGAUUUCAGCUACUGUAGGAGUAAUGGUCUUGUCACAGGCAUUUUUUUAAGAUUCAAACUUGUAAUGUUUUUCAAGAUUGAAAGAAGCAGACAUACUUGUGUAUGUGAUUAUUGUUUCUUCAUGAUUCUUUCCACAUAUUUUAAUUGUUAGACAUCUGUGUAUGGUUACAAAAUUCCUCUGUGAUAAGUUAAUUAAUUUCAGCUUCGCAUAUGACAAAUGUGAUAAAGUUCAGAAUAAGAUCAUGUUCCCCACUCCUUAAUUUUACUAGUAGUUAUACCUUCUUAUAAAGUUUAAAGUGACUAAUUAAGGUCUUUAGAGUAAUCUCUCUGCAGAUUCAUUGGUCUCUCCCCUGUACAUACACAGGAUUUGGGAUUGCUCAGGUCUUUUACGAUCUAUUCUAGUUUCACACUUCCACCAUCUGGAGAGGCUUUUCUCAGGUUUUAUACCUCAACCACUACAAAACAACACAAGAGUCACCAUGUAUUAGGGGAGAUCUAUGGACCCGGAUCACUUAUAAGAAAAGCAGCAACACUCCUGCAAGUGGAGGAGCCUCACAGCCUCAGUGUGCAUCAUUUCUGCAAGCGGUUUGGUUUAGGACCCCAUAAUGGAAACACACAGAGCUGACAGGCGGGGGUGAAAUAAAAUAGGUUCCUUGCACCUAAGUUAUGCUUUGCGUAGUUCAGACACACUUUUAAUUUCCCCUAGGUUCAUCACAUGCGCCACCUAGUGUUCAAACAGUGAAUCACUAUUAAAUGCUUAUUGAUACAGAGUUUUCAAAUUAGGAGAAGUUACCUAGUUUUUCUGUGUUGUCUUUUGUUUGGAUUUAAGUUUUCAAUUGAAAUUAAAAAGAAAUGGAAGCAUUUUUUUUUCACUAAAGAAGUUUUGGACCUUUUUUAUUUGACGCUGAGGUAAGUUAUUUUCAAACUAAAAAAUAACAAAUAACAUGUUAUAAAUAACAUAUGUUAACAAAUGUCCUUGCUUAUCCUCUGCCAGUACAAAAAUCUUACUAGUAAGUACUGAAAGAACAUUUUGCAUUUGCAUUUGCCUGUGUGCUGUCGUGGCGUACCUGUACCAACCUUAUGUGUGCUGUCACACCCCUAAUGCGUACUGCCAUCAAGUAUUGCAGUGACUUUGUCCAGCAGUGUUAGUUUUGCCUUGCAGUUUUCUGCCGCUGCGCACUGAAUAUUGAGGAAUUUACCUUUCACUCAACAUUGGAACAAUGAGGUACAAAGUGUUUGUUUUUGUGUUUUUUCAUUUGUCCUUGGGUACUUUUGUUAUUUUUGUAGCUGUGCAUUGGAGUUCUGUUUUUUUGUUAUUUCAAAGAAGUAGAGAUCAUUUCCUUUGACAGAAGGAAAUGGGCUGAGGUAUGUGCCUUAAACGAGAGAGAUCACUGCCAAUCUUCCAUUGUGAAUACUGAUAAAAAGGUGAAACUUUAAAACCUGAAUGGAAAUUAAAGAGAACAUUUAUAUAAGGAAAGUCUGAAUAUCUGAAAAGUAAAGAUUUGCAACAUACAUUGUACUUUUUCUUUUAUUUUCCAAGUUUUCACAUUUAUUGUGCUUUUAUAUAAAUAUAUAUAUAAAUAUAUAUAUAUAUAUGUAAAUAAAAUACUCUUUCUGUAGAUUUAGCAAAUGAAACGUGGAGUAUCCUGGGACCAAUAAAGAACUUUGAAAUCAAGGAAUCCCAGGCCCCCCCUCAGUUAGAGGAAGGGCAGAUCUGGCUGCAGAGCUCUGCACCUUCGCCAGAAGAGCCGCGUCACACUUUUAUAACUGACAACAAAUGUUUGUAUGGUUUUAAUAAAAAAAUAAAAUAAAAUAUAUUUUCAGA